UCUCACGAGAUUUUUUUUUGCUGGAGUCAUAUGACAUUUCUUCCGGGAUCCUGGGCUUCGUCUAAAAAGAAACGCAAGUUAGCAAAAGAAGCAAAAAAGCUUGAAAUUGUCAUUAUCAAAUAUCAUAUCCAAAAUAUUUAAACGGAGGAAAGGAAAAUAUCUGCUAACAGUCAAGAUUUAUAAUUGGCUCGCUUUGGUAAAAUACUGAGGCACUAGAAUUUUUUUUGUUAAUUAGUUGCUGUAUAUUGUUUUUGGUAACUAAAAAGUACGGAUUGUAUUUGAACUAUAUAUAACGCUUAGCCGAUUAGUGAUAGAGAACCAAAUAGCGAUUUGUCAUAAUCAUUUGUAUGCGCUACAUUGAGAAGGCGAGACAAGCGUAAAAAUAUACUGUCUAUAUACUGUAAAAAUCUGGCAUGUUGCUGAUCAAAAGGGAUAUAGCGAACCGCUAAUCGUUGUUUACUUAGAUAUACAUUUAUCGGUAUCUGUCUUGAGAUUUUUAUUUAGCAUUUGAAUAAAUAUCUGCGUCAGACUGUCUCCUGGGCUUAUAGAACAAUUUUCAUCAUUCAUUUGGCACUUAUAACUCAGAUGUAGGAAUUAUGUCGCAGUAUACCAGUUUUCCAGAACCGAAGGAUGAUCAAAAUCCUUUUCAGGACCCUGCACUGACCCAGCACGGCAGCAACACAGAGUAUGCGACUCUAGACCUCUACAAUCCUUUUGAGGACAAGCCGAUGCCUCCACCUCCCUACUCUGCUACAGUCCCCACUGCUCCUCCUGUUCCAAGCCAGGCUCCGCCCACCCGGAUCACGCCCACGGAGUCCCGCAACUAUGGCUCGUACAGCACUCAGCCAUCAGUGAAUGCAACCACAGCUGAGCUGCUGAGAAGACAGGAGGAGCUGGAGAGGAAGGCCCGCGAUCUGGAACGGAGGGAGCGGGAGCUGGACUCCCAUGCCCUUGGGCCUGGAGCAACACGGCAGAAUAACUGGCCACCCCUGCCCUCCUUUUGCCCCGUGGGGCCGUGCUUCUACCAGGACAUCGCAAUUGAGAUCAGUCAGCAAUUCCAGCGCACUGUCACUGUCAUGUACUACUAUUGGAUCUUCACAGCCUGUAUCCUGCUCUUCAACCUCAUCUGCUGCCUGGCCCAGUUCUGUGUUGACAUGUCGGCUGGUGUGGGGCUAGGCCUGGCCAUCCUCUGGGUGAUCCUCUUCACUCCCUGCUCAUUCGUCUGUUGGUACAGACCUGUGUACAAAGCCUUCAGGAGUGACAGCUCCUUCAAUUUCUUUGCGUUCUUCUUCAUCUUUUUUGUGCAAAUUGUUCUGUAUGUCUUGAUGACUAUUGGCAUUCCAAAUUGGGGAUUCAGUGGCUGGAUCGUCAGCCUGGCUACCCUGAAGAAGGACAUGGCUGUGGGUGUGAUCAUGCUUUUGGGUGCCGCCUGCUUCACCGCCCAGGCUGUCAUCGGCGGCGUCCUGCUGAAGAAGGUCCACUCUUUGUACCGGCAGACGGGUGCCAGUUUCCAGAAGGCACAGGCAGAGUUUGCUACAGGGGUGAUGUCCAACCAGGCAGUACGGCAGGCCACUGCCACUGCCGCUGCCUCUGCUGCCCAGGGGGCCUUUACGGGGCCGCGAUAAGGAACAGUGAUAUUGGAGAGGGGUGGCAGUUAGGGUACAUUGGAGACGUUAAUUACUCUGGUCCUGGGGUAAUUGCACAGCGGAACAUCUAUUGCACGUUUUUUUACGUAUUUUGCAUCACUCUGUUACAUAUGCUAAAUGUAAAAAAAAAAAAAAAAAAGUUAAAUUAAAAUAAUAAUUAAGCACUGGGAACAGAAAGUGAGAGUAAUAGCCUUAGGGUGAUUGAUUUCAUUACAGUAUUACAUAGAAUAACCUACUACAUGUUUCAGACUGAUAAAUAGAGGGUGAUUAGAUCAGAACAGAGAAACUGUUGUGUUUGGAGUGGAGAUUUCUCUACAUCAUCUACAGAUGUGGUAUAAGGAUUAACUGCACCACUCCAAAUUUACUUAACUGUACUCUACAUGUUGCUAGUGAACCGUGUCAUUCUGUAACCAACUGCAAAUGUUAAUUUAAAACUGUGCCAAAUACCAAAAUUUGUAACAGUGCCAUUGCUAAUCUGAUGUCACAUUUUUACUUUGGUGUUCAAAAUUGUUGGCAGUUUUCUUAUUAAAUAAAUUCAUGUGCCUUGCACCCUU